AGUCAUUAAUGAGAUCAUUUCAUUCUAAAAAGAGGCAACGCGGAAGUGUUGUUUUCUCUACAGCAAAGUAGAAGUGAUCAUUGAAAAUUUAUUAAAGUUUGCAUAAAUAAUAUAUUGUUUAUGACACUUUCUACAAAAUGGAUACAGUUUGUGUCGCAUAUGCAUAAAAUUAACAGCAAUGAUUCACGCACGUGAUAGCAUAAUCGGGCACCUGCUUGUAACCUUGACCUUUGUAGUUGAUCAUGUGACUCAGAGUUUCCUUCAAGCGGUUAGAAAGAAUUUGAUCAAAGCGUCGGAGUGACCGGUGUUGUUUUCGUGGAUUAAAAUGACACUUUUUCGAAAAAGUAAGAGUAAAGGGGACUUGCAACAGGAGUUUCAGACAACUGUACGAUUCCUUGAUGAUUCGGAACCGAUCCAGUUGUCGUUUACGAAAGAGACCACUGGUCAGUUUGUGUUGGACAAGGUCUGUGAAACCCUGAACCUCUUGGAGAAGGAUUACUUUGGACUGCGAUAUGUCGACGCAGAGAAACAGAGGCACUGGUUGGAUCCAACAAAGACUGUGUACAGACAGUUGAAAGGAGUGAGCCCAUGUGUGCUGUGUUUUCGGGUGAAGUUUUACCCUGCUGAACCCAUGAAGCUUCAUGAGGAGAUCACCAGGUAUUACUUGUUUCUGCAGCUGAGGCGGGAUCUGCACCAUGGGAGACUACUCUGCUCACCUCAGGACGCAAACCUUCUUGCUGCCUACAUCAUACAAUCGGAGGUGGGUGACUAUCACCCAGAGGAUCACCCUGCAGGCUACGUGGCGGAGUUCAAGAUGCUGCCCAACCAGACGGCACUGCAGGAGCAACAGAUACAUGAACUGCACAAGACACUCGCGGGUCAGGUGCCUGCAGAAGCGGAGGCUAACUUCUUGAAAAAGGCUGCAUCCCUGGACACAUAUGGGGUUGACCCGCACAAGGUCAAGGACCAGAAAGGGAACCAGAUGUACCUGGGAGUUACACACCAGGGCAUUAUGACCUUCCAUGGCAGCAGACGAACUCAGAUCUACAAAUGGACACAAAUAAAGAAACUAGCCUUUGAAGGAAAGACUUUCAUAGCGCAUGUAAAUAUUAAUGAGGAUGUGGAAGGGAGCCAUUCUAAAAAGAAGCACCAGCCCAUCGGAUACAAGUGCAUCACUGUGGCGGCCUGCAAGUACCUGUGGAAAUGUGCCGUCGAGCAGCAGUUCUUCUUCACAUUACAGACUUCCUUUAACUCUCCCAAGGUCAGAUCAGGGGGCAGCCUAUUUUCCAGAGGGUCAAAGUUCAGAUUCAGUGGUCGUUGUCAGAACGAGGCCUACAGUGCGAGUGAGGAUAUUAAGAGAAAGGAACCAGACUUCCAGAGAACGUGUUCGUUGCCCAACUUUGCCCGAAAGUCCGACUCUAAGAUUCACAUGCGUAACUCUGCAAACAUAUCUGAAGACAAAGGCAAGAAAGGCUUUAAAGCGAACACGUUACCACAUAUGACCAGUGUCCCGACCGUCUCUGUUCAACCUGAGAAUUUCGAAAAACGCAAAAACUCUCGUGGCUCCCAAGAAAAUGUAAAACCUAAUUCGCAGGAAAAUAAGUCUGAGCGUCAAAAUUCUUUGAGUAGACGCAAAUCUAGAGAAUCACAAGAAAAAAUAAAACCAACUGAGCAGGAAGAAAGUCAUAUUGCUGUAGAUGAGAAUGCUAUUAAGCCCCUGAAAGCCCCUGGGUUAAAGGCAGAGGUCAAAACUUCCGUUCCCGUAGAGGUCUAUCAUGAAAGCUCAGUUAAACAGCAGACAACUCAGUCUGAAGCUGAGCCUAAAGCAAACAGAGUUGUCCCCCCUGCUUUCAACUACAUUAAGCCUUUUGAUACUGAAAUUAAGACAAAACCAUCAUCUGAGCCAAAGCCUGCAGUUUCUGAUAAAAUUCUUAUCAAUGGUACUGGUGAGCCUGGAAAAGUCGAAGAAAAUGUCCAACGCGAUGCUGAAUCUUUCGAAACCGAGCGUCCAAAACCUUUCGUAGGAGCUAGGCCAAAACUUAAGGAGAUAGGAAGGUACACCACGAAGGAGGUUAUGCGUUACACUGAGGUUGAACAGAGAGAGACGGUGAUUGGUCCUGAGUCGGUAAUCGUACCAACUUCCACGACGGAAGCAAAACUGGAAUCUAAGAUCGUGACUUUACCUGUGAGAGUUGCAGCCCCUAGUAAAAAUGCUGACGUUAAAGUCGCACACAAAGAAAAUGCAGUUGACGUUCCAGAUUCCGUCAAGCCAAGCGCAACACCAGGGACCAGUCUACCAGGCGUGACCGAGACUCCAGUGGUAGAAGAAGAGAUGACACAGCUUAGGACAAGGGUUGAGGAGUCCAUUAUUCCAGGUGCGCUAAAGAUUAACGGAGCCGUUCCAAUGAUAAGCGUGAUGCCCCCUGAUUCUCCACCGGCUGAGGAGGAUGAUAUGGUUCAGCCAUACAACCCUAACGUGACCACAUACGAGGAUGAUGACAUUGUCACUGUUCCCCAAAAGAGCCUUGAAGAGCAGUUAAAGGAUUUAGAGAUUGAGGCUGAAGAGAAGCAAGAAAACCAUGUUCAACCUGUCGCUGAACCUAAAUCUCAAGCUGUCAAGCCAUUAGCCCCUUCCAAGCGCGGCUGCUCAUGCUGCAAGGUGUUUGCAUUCACAUUCUUUUCCUUGUUCUUGACAUUCGCUUUGUGUGCCUGCGUUGUGAUGUUCUCGAACGUUGACCAUCCGAUCAUGAACGAGGCACGCGCUCGACUGCCCUUCCUUGAGCCGACGCGAGAUUUCAUCCUGCACAAGUUCGAGGAUAUCAAGAAGAAACUGUGAGGUCUUGCCUCCACAUACUCCUCUUUCAUAUCAACCAAUCAGGUUUUGCAAUACUAAUGAAGGCAAGAGAUGUUGUUUUUUUCAACCAUUCGCAUACUUGGAUUAAGAAUUGUUGAUUGCAUCCAUAUCAUUUGUCAGAUAAAAUGUCUCAUAGCUUUUUCGCUUUGAAUUUGUGAAUUAAGUCUUACAAAGUUGGUUUAAUUUUGUUUAAAUAUAAGGGUAGCAAUAUUUAGAGUUACCUUUUUUUAGAGAUAUUUAAUUUGCCAGCUCGUGAUUUGAAAAGCUUCUACAAACUUUCACUGAACAAAUUUAUUUAAGAUAUUUACAUUUAUCAUGUAUCUAUUAAUAUUUCUACUGUAAGCUAAGUAUUUAAAGGCAUUACUUUUAAUAGACAAUUUGUACACUUUUAACAUGUUGUUUAUUUGCUAAGUAUUGGCCUUUAAACUCUAGGUUAUAUAUUUUCCUGUUAAAUUGUUUUGUACGUAAGAUUGUAUUUGCAUGUUUUUAUUCAGGUUGCAAUAUAAUAUGUAAUUGUGUGUAGCAUUUAGAUUUAGCAGGGCAGAUUGGUGUAAUCAAUCAAUUUAGGGAUGUUGUCAUUAAAAGUUUUGCUUUAAAAAAAAAACAAAAAACUUUUGUUGUAAGCUGUUAGGAAAUCAAGUUUGACUAUGCCAAGAUGAGACAUGCUGAAAUGUUCACAGAUUUAUUUCAUGCAGAUUUUAUGGAAGGUAAUAUUAUAAACCUGUUAUUAUAUCCUAGUUCAAAUUGUUGAUGUUAGGUCAAUAAAGUUUAGCAUGGUUUGAGUGUUAUAAAAAAUAUUUAACUAAAUUUUCAACUUUUCAAAUGUUCAGUUUAUUUGGGUGGCUUGAAUGUCUUAAGAAACAGAUUUAAGUCAUUCAUGAUUGUAUUUGUGUUUUAUGUAUAGAAAUUUAUUUUUAAAUGACUCUCUAGAGUUAGACCCCGCAGUGUAAAUUCUCUUAUUUUCACUUGAUUUAAUGGUCUCUCAGUUAAUAACACUGUUGCUAAACUGUAAUGAUUUUGCAUCUUGUAUACUUUUCAUUACUUUUGUGAGUGAUGUUUUUUGUACUUAGCAAUGCAAGUCUGUACAUUGUCAAUACAUUCUAUUAAAUUUGUUACAAAAAUGUAAGUAUUCUUUACUUAACCGAAAUGUGUUUUUUUUUUAACAUUUCUGUUUUGGCCAUUGGUAUUGUAAAUUUCUGUGCGUUCCAGUAUGUAUAAUAUAGUCCUUAAAAGAACUCUGAAUUACAGACUCAAAAUGCGUCAGAUUAGAGAAUUCAACCUUAUCAUAUGCCCAUUUAAUUCCUUUUGCAUUGGCGUAGCUCUUAAAGAAGCAAUAUAGGACCUUUAUACAAACCAAAGCAAUAAAAUGUAUCCUAAUUUGUUUUGAGGGGAACAAGGAACCUCCCUUUCCUAUUUUGCUUUCAUACCAAGCCUUGUUUAUCCAUGACCUAAACAACAACAUAUUUAAUAAAUGAGCCGCGUUCUGAGAAAACUGGGCAUAAUGCUUGUGUGUAAAGUGUCGUCCCAGAUUACCGGUAGUCUGUGCAGUCCGCACAGGCUAAUCACCGACGACACUUUCAGCUGAAAUAGUAUUUUUCGUUUAAAGGAAGACCCUUCUUAACGAAAAUAUAGUUUAAGCGGAAAGUGUCGUCCCUGAUUAGCCUGUGCGGACUGCACCGGCUAAUCCGGGACGACAUUUUACGCACAUUCAUUAUGCCCAGUUUUUUCAGAACACAACCCAAAUGGAGAUAUUUAUCCAUGGUCAAGAUUUUUGCCUAAUUUAGCAAUGCAUCCCUAAAAUAGUGAUAUGUUAUUUGAAAUAGACAUAAAAUUUACUACAUUAUUGAUCCCAUUAAUGAAUAUGCAUUACUUUUUAAUGUCUUAAAACAAAAUAUAAUUUUUUUGUGAAAUGUUGAUAAAUUGGGAUAUGUUCGUUGUGCAUUAAUUUAAAUGUUGGGUUAUAAGACAAACAAAAGAUCACAAGAUUAACUACUGCUUUUAGAAGAGAGCAACAACGGUUUGGUUUGGUUCAAAUUUGAAUACAACAGUAACAUGUUUUUAUUGGUGGGAUCUAUGUAAACCAGAUGUUUGCAGUGUGUUGAUUAGUCCAAUCAGUGUUUGCAAGAUGUUUCAAGCAUUAUCAUUGGUUUCAUCUGUGUGAAACAGAUGUUUGAAGUGUUUCCAUUGGUUGCUUUGGUUGUGGGUUGCAAGGCCUGGUUUCAACUCAAGAUUGAGAGGUUCUGCAAGAUUUAUUGGGGGAAGAUCAAGGGGCAAUACUCAUGCAUGUCAGUCUUACAUUUUUAUUACCGUUCUUUUUGUACUUUCUUUACAUUUGGUUUUGAUGUAGAUGGUGGGUUAUUUAAUAUUUAAUGGAAACUGCUGGCAUUUUCAUACUUUGCUAUGAAUCAUGUAUAGUUCAUUUGUACAUACAUGUAUUUUCUGAUUUCAAAUGGAUCGAUAUGUGCGAGCAUUUUUUAUGUCAAUACAUACUGCUUAAAUGUAAAAAGAUGAAAUCAUUUUAUUGGUGAUAGGUAUUUAUUGGAAAGGGAGCAGAUAAAAGCAUCAUAGUUUCCCUAGUGACAACAACAAUCAUUGAUUUCAAAGUAGGUCUUAACUGAAAAUAUAGAUCACUGAGAACUAUUGUCAUGUAUAGGCUUUGAUUUCCAUAGUUUCAAAUGUGAUGAGAAUGGAUAAAGGUCUUAGUCAUGACGGUCACAUUUUUAAACCUAGGUGAUGUAGGUUUAUCAAUACAAACAUGCUCAAAAAAAGGAGUUCAUCAGAUCCAUAACCCAUUCCAGUACUGAUUGGGGGUCGCAUGUAGAUGAAUUGUACUCUUUAUUAUUCUACAACUAUUUUCACAAAUUGAAUUUCUACAAAACAGUUUUUACAACAUCUUUGUUUACUCCAUCAAAUUGUUACUGUAUAGUUUCUUUACUUGUGAUGACAGUGUGCAACGCAAGUGAGACUGAUUUGAGCUGGGUUUCAAGGAUGCUUAGAAUUUGUUGCUGCUUUACUACAAAGAAUCUUGUUACGAUUCUUAUGUUUUAAUACAUGUAUUGGCCAAAGAUUUGCAGUUUAAUACUUAUCGAAAUUUUUGAUUGGUCAAUAUUCAUCAUUUAUGUUAGCUUAAAGAAUGAGUAGAGGUCAUAGGAAAUGGGCUUUUGGGCUGAUCUUUUGAAAUAUGAAGGGAUAAACAAAAUAUUUAAUAUGAUGAUAAUGGACUGAUGUUAUUGCUGGUGUGAACUUUGUUUUGUUUGUUUGUGUUUUGUUCUCUUGUGGUUGUCUUUAAUUUUUGCCGUUUUUAUUUAAAGUUCAGAAAUAUUUUAUUUUUCGAUUUUUUAUAUAUAGUUGUAUCCCUGUUUUAAUAAAUUAUGGUGUUGUUA